UAAGGUGCGGCAAAAGAUGCAUCGCCGCUUGUAGAGGCGAGUCAAAAGUCAAACAUCCAGGCUGUUAAAAAAAAAAAGAAAAAGAGCAGCGAACAUCCGGGCCCUUAAAUUAGAAAAGACAGCAAAGAAGUCGUGAAUGGAGGGAGGAGAAUAAAACCCCACUCGUUCCCAUCGCCGUUGUUUUCGUGACCCACCUAGCUGGCCCCACCUCCACCGUCGUAUUCUUCGGUAUCAACGCUAGCCAAAAACAGACAAGGUCACCACCAAUCCCCUCUCUCUCUCUCCUACAUCAGAAAAUGCCGCGGAUCCCACCAUCUCGUCUUCCCCUGGAAACCUGACGAACCUCCACCGCCGGGAUUGACCCACAACGCCGCGCCCUCCUCCUCCUCCUCCCUAGAGAUGGGCCACCACUCCCGGCGGGACUCGUUGGCCACAUCCUCCAUCUCCUCCUCCACCACCAUCACAUCCCGGUCGGAAUUCGACCUGGACACCGAGUUGGAAUGGCCAUUCGGGAAGGUGGACAUCGACCGCGACGAUUUGAGGGAGAGCGCCUACGAGUUGUUCUUCACCGCAUGUCGCUCGUCGCCGGGUUUCGGUGGGAGGAACGCUCUAACGUACUACCCGGCGGCAGGGGCGCAGGAUAACGGCAACAAGGACGAGAGCUGCUCAUCACCCAAGAGUAUAGGCCUGGGAAUGGUGGUCACCAGCAGAAUCAAACGGGCCCUCGGCCUUAAAAUGAUGAAGCGUUCUUCUCCUCGGCGAUCCCACAGCCAUUCCAAUUCCUCACCGAGAGAGAACAAUGGACCACCCUCACCAGCUCCAUUGAGGAUCAAGCGUCCAAUGACUUCCGCUGAGCUGAUGAGGCAGCAGAUGAGGGUGACGGAGCAGGGCGAUAAUCGCCUCAGGAAGACUCUCAUGAGGACGCUUGUCGGACAGAUGGGCAGACGUGCAGAGACGAUCAUCCUUCCAUUAGAGCUACUUCGACAUCUAAAACCAUCCGAAUUCAAUGACGCUCAUGAGUACUACAUUUGGCAAAGGCGCCAGCUAAAAGUCCUUGAGGAGGGACUACUUGUGCACCCCUCGAUCGUAUUGGACCGAUCCAAUCCGUCGGCAAUGCGUCUUCGUGAGAUUACUCGAAUGAGCGAAUCAAAAGCUAUUGAUACUGGUAAGAAUUCAGAGACAAUGCGGGCCCUGUGCAAUGCAGUGGUCACAUUAGCCUGGCGUAGUCCUAGCGGCGCCCCCACAGAUGCAUGUCAUUGGGCUGAUGGUUUUCCACUCAACCUCCAUCUUUAUAUCAUUCUCCUUCAAUCGAUAUUCGAUCUCAAGGAUGAGACCACCGUAUUGGAUGAGGUAGAUGAGCUGAUCGAGCUUAUGAAGAAGACAUGGUCCACCUUGGGGAUCAAUCGGUCGAUGCACAAUGUAUGUUUCACAUGGGUUCUCUUCGAACAGUUUGUUAUGACUGGGCAAGUGGAGCAUGACCUUCUAUGUGCUUGUCUAACGAUGAUGGCCGAGUUGGCCAAUGACGCAAAGCGGCCUGAUCGGGAAGUUCUAUAUGUGAAGAUCUUAUCAGCGACGUUGGCAUCCAUGCAAGGGUGGGCCGAGAAGCGGUUGCUUGAUUACCAUGAGUGGUUUCAGAAGGGGGCGAUGGGGUCAAUGGAGAACAUCCUACCGUUAGCUCUGUCAGCGGCGAAGAUUCUGGAUGAAGACGUUUCAAGUGGUGGAGGGGUGUUGCAGGAGAAAGAGAACGAUGAGCUUGAUUCAAGGGAGAGUAGGGUUGAUUACUACAUCCGAUCGUCUAUGAGGAAUGCGUUCGCCAAGAUCUUAGAAAAUGGGAAUUCCAACAACGUGGCUGAGGAAGAUGAGGAUCACGACGAUCCAAGCAAAACUCUGAUUUUACUAGCUAAAGAAGCAGAAGACCUGGCUAUGAAAGAGAAGGAAACCUUCAGCUGUGUGCUUAAGAGAUGGCUCCCAAAUGCAGCUGGAGUUGCAGCUGUGACCCUUCACAACUGCUAUGGAGUGAUGUUGAAGCAGUACCUAACCGGCGUUUUGACACUCAACCAGGAGGCGGUUCGGGUACUUCAGACGGCUGGGAAGCUGGAGAAGGUCUUGGUUCAGAUGGUCGUGGAGGACUCGGUCGAAUGUGAGGAUGGCGGGAAGGCGAUCGUGAGAGAGAUGGUACCAUAUGAGGUUGAAAGCAUUAUCUUGAACCUCAUGAAGACUUGGGUUGAUGAGAUGUUGAAGAGGGGGAGAGAUUGCCUUGAGAGAGCUAAGGAAACUGAGACGUGGAACCCAAAGUCGAAAACGGAGGCGUACGCACAGUCAGCUGUGGAGAUAAUGAGGCUGGCAAAAGAGACGGUGGAUGGAUUCUUCGAAAUCCCUGUUGGAGGAAUAUGCGACGACGUACUUCAAGACCUCGCUGACGGCUUAGAAUCCCUCUUGCAAGACUAUAUCACCUUCGUUGCUUCCUGUGGAUCAAAGCAAAGCUACGUACCUUCACUCCCUCCUCUAACCAGGUGCAACCAAGACUCCAAGAUCCUGAAGCUAUGGAGAAAAGCCAGCCCCUGCCGAGCCGUCGGACCGGAUGGCAAGAACGGCUCGACAGAAGGCAACCACCCGCGCCCCUCCACGAGCCGCGGCACACAGCGACUCUACAUCCGUCUCAACACCCUACACUACCUCCUCACCCACAUCCACUCCCUCGACAAAUCCCUCUCUCUCUCCCCCCGUCCGACCCCCGACCCCCGCUCUCGCUUCCCCAACAACCGCCGUCGCCUCUCCGCCUCCUCCUCCUACUUCGACCUUGCCCGCUCCGCCAUCAGUUCUGCCACUCAAUACGUCUCUGAAGUUGCUGCCUACCGCCUUAUCUUCCUCGACUCUAACUCCGUCUUCUACGACAGCCUCUACGUUGGCGAUGUAGCCAAUGCCCGCAUCCGGCCUGCUCUCCGCACCCUAAAGCAGAACCUCACUCUCCUAUCUGCCAUCCUCACCGACCGCUCCCAACCACUUGCAGUGAAGGAGGUGAUGAAGGCCUCCUUUGAAUCCUUCCUGAUGGUCAUGCUUGCAGGUGGAAGCUCCCGCAUGUUCGUCCAGUCUGACUAUGAUAUGGUACUGGAGGAUUUUGCUAGCCUCAAGCGGGUCUUUUGCACAUGUGGGGAGGGGCUGGUGGCAGAAGAGGUGGUGGAGAGGGAAGCAGAGGUGGUGGAAGGGGUAGUUACAUUAAUGGGGCAGGGAACAGACCAGCUGAUAGAAGAUUUCAGUAUAGUAGCAUGCGAGGCGAGUGGGUUAGGGCUCACAAAUGGAGGGUCUGGAAGCGGAGAGCAGAAGAUGCCAAUGCCGCCAACGACGGGGCGAUUUAAUCAAGCUGACCCAAACACCAUCCUUAGGGUGUUAUGCUACAGAAACGAUACAACAGCUAAUAGCUUCCUCAAGAGGACGUUUCAAUUGCCAAAGAGAAGAUAAAAGAACAUGAAGGGCACGUUUGGAUGCACUAUCAAGUUGGAUUGUAAACUACUAGUCUCACAAAGUGGAAAUAGCCAAACUGUAAUUUUCUUCCUUAGCAUUCAUAAGCGGGUCAAGAUAUAAAUCACAAUUUCAGUGCUAUUAAGUUGGACUCGAAAGAAACAUAAUCGAGAUUCAGCAACGAACUUUCCCAUUAUGAAUACUAAAGGAAACAUCAUUAGGUUUUUUUUUCAUUUCCUCUUCAUUGAACUUAAUGUUCACAAUUCAAUUCAAUUGUGUGGCCAAACGGACCCUUAUUGGCUCUUCACUUGUAUAUGAAUAUGGGAAAGAGUUUGAUAUUGGGUAGGAGAAAGAGAAAGAGAGAGAGUAGUGUUCAUCUGUUUUACGUUGGAAUGGAACAAGAUUCUCAAUUUGUUAUGUUGAGGUUUGGUUUGGAUGAUGAGAGAAGUUUGUAUACUAUGGCAUUGUUGAUUCACUCGCUAAGCUUGAAAUUAUGGGGUUGAAGGAAACGGGUUAA